AUGGAUGGAAUGGAUGAAGCACGGAUGGAUGGAAUGGAUGAAGGGCGGAAAGGAAUCUACGAACUUUGGUUUGAAACGGACUACACAGGCAAAAAAGAGCAGCUGGAUUCUCUUUUUGAAGAUUUUAACGAGAUCCAAGCUGAUAUCGAAUGUGAACACGAGAUAAGUGAAGAGCUCGCUGACGAGCAAAUUGAAUUUGAGACGGAGUAUUUCCAAUUGAAGGGAUCCUUGGCAAGUAAACUCGCAGCUAUUGCUACCCCGUCUUCACCCACACCUGUUGCUCCACCUACUCAAACCACGGGUAUUCGUCUUCCUGAGCUCAAAAUCCCAGAAUUCAAAGGAGAUUUUGACGAAUGGAUGAACUUCCAUGACUUGUUUACCACUCUUAUUCACAUCAAUGGGCAACUAUCGCCAAUCCAAAAGUUUCAAUACUUGAAAGCAGUCUUGAAGGGAGAUGCUCUCCGCUUUAUACAAUCGUUGGCGGUAACAUCUGCAAACUAUACGAUUGCGUGGGAUCUUCUGCAAAAAAGAUACGACAAUCGGAAUCUGCUCGUAAAGCAACAUCUGUCAGCACUCCUCUCCACCCCUUCAAUCAAGCGGGAAUCUUCGUCAGCACUCUCGGAUUUGGCUGACACAUUUGAAAAACAUCUCGGUGUGCUAAAUAAACUAGAAGAACCGAAAGACCACUGGAAUUCUCUUCUAGUUGCACUGAUCUCUAGCAGACUCGAUCCUGUAUCUCAGAAGGAGUGGGAAAAUCAAUUGGCUGAAGAUAUCCGCCCUGCGUACACUGACGUGGUAAACUUUAUACAAAAACGCUCCCGAAUCCUCCAGUCUUUAACACUCUCCCAGUCGUCGAUCGCAAGUGGUAAGACAGAACCAAAACCAUCUCGAGUAAACAUUUCAUCUCACCACACUACUACUGAUGAAAAUUCGAAGGCAUGUGUAGUAUGCCACAAGGAAAAUCAUGGAUUGGCUAAUUGCGAUGAUUUCCUGAAACGUUCCCCGCAAAUUCGCUUCAAUCUUGUUAAAAAACAUGGUUUAUGUUUGAACUGCUUGAAACCAUCACAUCAUUUGAAAGAUUGUCCGUCUGGUUCCUGUCGAACAUGCAACAAACGACACCACACUCUAUUGCAUUUGAAUGCUUCAACAGCAUUAACUGUUCAAGUAAACAAACCAUCAAAUUCAAAUACACUUGCGCCACCCCGACAAUCCUCACAAUCGGCCUCGGUCUUCGAGUCGCCGUCGGUGGAUGAAAUGUGCAUUACCGAUCAAUCGCACGUCCAUCGGGAUAUGGAAUCGUCGUCGGGAGGCCAAGACAAAUCGUUAUCGUUCGCUCUUUCGUCGUCGGGUAUACCGUCAGGGUCGGCUCAAAGUUCCACACAAGUAACAAGCUACCCAGUCGCUUCACCAUUCGAUCUUGGUACGAAGACAAACACCACAGUCUUCAUGCUCACAGCCUACAUCAGGGUUUGUGAUAUUGAUGGAACAAAAUUUCUCGCACGCGCUCUAUUAGACUCAGCAUCCGAGCGCAAUUUCGUAACAGAGAAUCUCGCUCAAAAGCUUCGCCUCAAACGAGAUCGCUCUGAUAUCACUGUGUUUGGGAUUGGAAACAGCGAACAGCACGUAACACAGGCAGUCUCGAUCAAUGUGUCAUCUCGAGUGGGUCCUUUUAAUGUAGACAUCGAUUUUCUCAUACUGCCCAAUUUGACACGAAUUCUUCCUUCGACAAAAGUGGACAUUUCGAAAUGGGUAAUUCCUAAUCACCUCCCAUUAGCAGACCCUAAAUUCCAAAUCGCUCACCACAUCGAUUUGAUCAUCGGAAUUCAAUGGUUCUUCUCACUGCUAGAGAAUGAACAAAUUUCGCUCGGGCCGCAGCUACCAAUAUUGCGCAAAACUGUAUUUGGGUACGCUGUCGCUGGUGAUCAUUCUCAGCAAGAUCUCAUUCGCACCGCCGUCUGCAAUGCUGCCAUGACUUUCGACAAACUUUCGGCAGCAGUAAAGAAAUUUUGGGAGGUUGAAAGCUUUGAGGGAGGCAAAUGCCUCUCGUUGGAAGAACAAUAUUGCGAGAAUCAUUUUUUGAGAACCCACUCAAGAGCCCCUGACAGUCGGUACGUGGUUCGGUUACCGAUUCGUGAAGAAGUGUUGUCGGAACUGGGAGAGUCGUUACCGGUCGCCCUUCGUAGAUUUCAUGCAAUUGAGAGGAAGUUUUUUGUCAACAAACAACUACACUCGGACUAUGGCCAAUUUAUGGCCGAGUACAAAUCGCUUGGACACAUGGAAGCUGUCACACCAGACCCUUCUCUACCUAACUUCUAUCUUCCUCAUCGCGCUAUCUUACGACCGGACAGCACAACUACUAAGACACGCGUCGUAUUUGAUGGCUCAAGCAAAACGACGAGUAAACUAUCCUUGAACGAUCUUUGCUACAUCGGCCCCACAGUUCAACCUCCACUGAUAGCCACAAUUCUCAACUUUCGUUUGCCUCAAUACGUCAUAACUGCUGACAUCGAGAAGAUGUACAGGCAAAUUGCUGUACAUCAAGGUGACCGUACGCUGCAGCAAAUUCUAUGGAGAAUUCAACCAACCGAUCCUGUGAGUACAUAUCAGCUUACUACUGUGACCUAUGGCACAGCUUGUGCACCGUAUCUCGCCACUCGUGCCCUUAACCAAUUAGCUGAAGAUGACGGAGAAAAGUUUCCACUAGCAGCUCGUGUCGUAAAACGGGCGUUCUAUGUCGACGAUUGUUUAGCUGGAGACGACAAUAAGGAAAAACUAAUCGCAACCUCCACCGUAUCGCAGAACGAUCGACAGCAGCAGCAGAAACCAACAGCAGCAGAUUGGGUGAGUCGUAUCGUUCUUGCUAGAUAA